CCACUCACCAGGACAAUCACUCUUCUACAUCACGCUCACCUGUCCGCCAUGUUUCUCGCCAACCUCAUCACCCCGUACACUUUGCUUCUUCUUCCUGUCAUCUAUUACCUUCUUCCCUAUAUCCGCAACUGGUCCAUACGUCCCAUACCUGCACCUUUCCCCGCCGCAUUCACAAAUCUAUGGCUCAUGCUUCAGUGUAGGCGCGGCAGGCGCUACCUCGCUGUACACGAAGCCCACCAGAGAUACGGGACCUUGGUGAGAAUCCAGCCGAACCACGUCAGUGUCGCAGAUGCGGAUGCCAUACCUGUCAUAUACGGACAUGGAAAUGGGUUUCUGAAGAGCGAGUACUACGAUGCCUUUGUUUCCAUUCGCCGAGGCUUGUUCAACACGCGGGAUCGCGCGGAACAUACUCGUAAACGCAAGACCGUUGCUCAUACGUUUUCGGCGAAAUCGGUCGGUCAAUUCGAACAGUACAUCCACCACAACCUAGAGGAGCUGCAAAAGCAAUGGGACCGUCGUGCUGAUUCCGCUGAAUCAGCCGCGGACAAGGGCGGGUACUACCACAUGGACGCUUUGAAUUGGUUCAACUAUUUGGCCUUCGAUGUCAUUGGCGAUCUAGCUUUCGGGGCUCCUUUUGGGAUGCUGGUAAACGGAAAAGAUGUUGCUGAAGUGAGGAAGACUCCAGACAGCGAACCUACGUUUGCGCCCGCAAUUGAAGUCUUGAACAGGAGAGGUGAAGUCUCAGGAGCCAUCGGAUGCCUACCCCAAAUCAAGCCAUACGCGGCCCAUCUUCCAGACCCAUUCUUCUCCAAAGGCAUAGCAGCCGUACAAAACCUUGCCGGUAUCGCUAUUGCUCGCGUAAAUGAGCGACUCCAAAAUCCCAGCGACCGUGUAGACCUCCUCGCGCGCCUCAUGGAAGGUCGCGACGAAACUGGAGCCAAACUGGGCCGUGAGGAACUUACCGCAGAAGCCUUGACUCAACUCAUCGCGGGUUCCGACACCACCAGCAACACCUCUUGCGCCCUCCUCUACCACUGCCUUCGCAACCCCCACGUAGUCCGCAAGCUCCAGCAGGAACUCGACGCUGCACUGCCGGAUAUCGACGCCGUCCCCACGUUCAGCCAAGUCAAGGAUCUUCCUUACCUCGACUCCGUCAUCAAAGAAACAAUGCGCAUUCACUCGACUUCCUCGCUCGGCCUACCGCGUGUGGUUCCUCCCGGUCCAGGUAUCACACUGCCAAAUUCUUCUCUUCAUUUCCCUCAGGGCGUUGUUCUCUCUGUCCCUGCAUACACAAUCCACCAUUCAACCAAGAUCUGGGGUCCCGACGCCGACGAGUUUCGUCCCGAACGCUGGGAAUCCGUGACAGACCAGCAAAAAGCCGCGUUUAUCCCUUUCAGUCAUGGCCCGCGGUCUUGUGUAGGCAGGAAUGUCGCGGAGAUGGAGUUGGCGCUGAUAGUAGGGACUGUAUUUCGCCGAUAUGAAUUCGAGCUCAGGCAGGGCGAGAUGGAGACGAGAGAGGGGUUCUUGAGGAAGCCGGUUGCGUUGGAAGUCGGAAUGAGAAGGAGACGUGUUUGA